AUGGCUAACUACGCAGAAACGUUCGCCGCGUGGACGGCCAUCUGUCUGACGGACCAUACCCUCCUGGGUGAUGACGACACGGAGGAGGAUGUGAGGGCGCUGUGCCAAGAGGCAGUCAAAACGUGUCCUUUCGCAGCGGCCGUUUGCGUGUACCCCCGUUUUGUAAAAUUCAUAAACGAACAAAUAAAAAAAGAAAUCGUGCCCUUCAAACCAAAGGUCGCCUGUGUCAUAAAUUUUCCAGAGGGAAAAGAUCCCAUAGAAAAAGUACUAGAAGAUACUUGCAAGGCAAUUAGUGACGGGGCUGAUGAGGUCGACCUGGUCAUUAACUACACAAAAAUUGUUGAAGACCCAAAGGCAGGAAUUGCAGAAGCUACUCUCCUAACGAAGAAGGUUAAGGAAGUGUUAAAGGAGAAGGUACUGAAGGUUAUAAUUGAAGUUGGGGUACUGAAAUCGGAGGAUUUAAUUGUCCAGACGACGUUAGCUGUACUGGAGGGGAAUGCAGACUUUGUGAAGACAUCCACGGGGAAGGCACAAGUCAAUGUGACACCCAGUUCAGCCAAAUCGAUAAUCAAGGCGAUGAAACUGCACUUGGAGGAAUAUCCUGAAAAAAAAGACAAAAUUGGAUUGAAAGUUUCCGGAAGCAUAAAGGACCUCAGCAUGGCCAGCUACUAUAUUUUGCUCGCCAGGGGGGUGUUCAGCGCCCUGGCUUGCCACCCGAACAACUUCCGCAUCGGGUCGUCCUCCCUCGUCCCCAAGCUGCGGAAGGUUAUUCAGAACUGCCCUCCUUGUUAG